UCAGCUCUUCGUCACAUUCCAACGGAACUCGCUGCUACAAACACGAAAAACGUUGCCCCGUCUCAUCAUCGCCCCUCCUCUCCUCUGCUUUUCUCAGUCCCACUCUGCUCCUCUGCUCUGCUCUGUUCUGUUUCUUCUCACUGUAAAAACCAAGCAAAGCCCCGUCCUUUUCCCCUCCUCGUCAGACUAUCAAAGGUCGCGCCCCACCCCCCCCACAUUGCCCCUCUUGCUGUGCCACAAUAGAUUUAGCUCGGGCAACAUCAUCGUCUGUUAUGGAGUCUCCGUCGCCUCAGCUACCCGGGAUGGAGGCCGCCUCCGCCUCACCCUCCCCCAAGGUCCUGAAGAAAGGCUUCGUCACCACUCUAAUGGAGGCCGCCGCCCUCCGGUCCCCUUCCUUCAAGGAGGACACCUACUUCGUCUCCCACCUCAAGCCCUCCGAACAGAAGGCCCUCCGGGACCUGAGGGACAAGCUCGCCGCCGCCCACUCCGAUAGCGGCGGGGACAGCCCCAGCCCCACCAUGUGGGGGAUCCCCCUGCUUUCCCCCGGCGACGACAGAUCCGACGUCGUCCUCCUGAAGUUCCUGCGGGCGAGGGACUUCCGGGUCGCGGACGCCUACGCGAUGCUGGACAAGUGCCUGGCCUGGAGGCGGGAGUUCGGGGCGGAGGGGGUGGCGGAGGAGGAGCUGGGGUUCAAGGAGCUGGAGGGGGUGGUGGCGUACAUGCAUGGCAGCGACCGGGAGGGCCACCCGGUGUGCUACAACGCGUACGGGGUGUUCAGGGACAGGGACAUGUACGAGAGGGUGUUCGGGGACGAGGAGAAGCUGAAGAGGUUCCUGAGGUGGAGGGUGCAGGUGCUGGAGAGAGGGAUCAAGCUCCUCCACUUCAAGCCCGGCGGCGUCAACUCCAUCAUCCAGGUCACCGACCUUAAGGACAUGCCCAAGCGUGAGCUCCGCGUGGCCUCCAACCACAUUCUCUCCCUCUUCCAGGACAACUAUCCUGAAAUGGUCGCCCGCAAGAUAUUUGUCAAUGUGCCGUGGUACUUCAGCGUGCUGUACUCCAUGUUCAGCCCCUUCCUGACUCAGAGGACCAAGAGCAAGUUCGUCAUCUGUAAGGAAGGAAACGUUGCCGAAACUCUCUACAAGUUUAUAAGGCCGGAAGAUGUUCCGGUUCAGUAUGGUGGACUGAGUCGACCCAGUGACGUACAGAAUGGUCCACCAAAACCGGCAUCGGAGUUCACCCUCAAGGGAGGGGAGAAAGUUAAUAUCCAAAUUGAGGGCAUUGAGGCCAAUGCGACCAUAACAUGGGACAUUGUUGUGGGCGGCUGGGACCUGGAGUACAGCGCUGAGUUCGUCCCUAACGCGGAGGGCAGCUACACGGUAGCCGUGGAUAAGCCGAGGAAAGUUGCCCCUUCAGAAGAGGCCAUCCACAAUGCGUACGCAUCUAGGGAGGCAGGAAAGCUGGUCCUAUCGGUCGAUAACUCGGCCUCUCGCCGAAAGAAAGUCGCAGCCUACCGGUACAUAGUCCGGAAAUCAACGGCGUUCUAGGUUACUGGCCGAGGAGUUCAGCUUGGGAGAGUGAAUAGUAAUUAAGCAUUAGUCGUUACGUCUUCUCAGUUCUGGUCUGUCUCCUCUAAAUGUUUCCUCUUGUUGGUCUUUAAGCUGGCCAUACAAAUAUUUGAUGGGUCUUUUCCAUUUUGCUUGAACACUUUCUCGUUAUUCCAAUAGAGUAAUGUAUAAAUCUGGUUAUUAUGAAGUUGAUAUCUCUUAAUAACAUA